CUCUUGGUCCAUUCACUCACGUCAAGACCGUCCAAGAUGAGUUACAUUGCCCGCCGAGGUCUCUCGACCUUGAUCCCUCCCAAGAUCGCUUCCCCCAACGCCAUUGGCGCUGCUAAGGAUGCUGCUCGCAUGGAUCGCGUUGUGAACUUCUACGCCAAGCUUCCUCGUGGUGCUGCUCCUGAGGUUAAGCCCACCGGCCUCAUCGGACGCUAUCAGGCUCGCUACUUCGGCAAGAACCCUUCUGCUGCGCCUCUUGCUCAUGCCAUCGGUACCAUCCUCAUCCUCGGUUAUAGCAUGGAGUACUACUUCCACUUGCGUCACCACAAGAACCACCCUCACUAAACGUCUUGCUUUAAGGUGUCAGGUGCGGAGGAUUUGUGUACAUACCGCGAGGCCCUAGAAUCAAGCAACUGUAAAAGAGAAUACCAUGUUAUUUCAUAUUUGUGAAAUAUUCCAUCUCCAAGGAGUAGUUUUUGUUCUUUUCAAUUCAUUUUCUUUUGUUUUAUAGGGAGCCUGUGGUUAUUGUUGCCAUGAAUGACUGGAAAAUCAGGAUGCUAAAAUCUGUUUUUAACCGGCGCCAUGGAAGUUUAUAACAACCUCCUUAGAUAGCCAGGUAGUAUCAGUAAUUAAGAAUGUCUAAAUU